AUGGAUCGCAGGAUGGGAAGAGGAUAUGCGAGACGGCGUCGACAUCUUCGACGUACCUCUGGAGGAAGGCGGUCUCGCAACGGGUCCCCGCUUGUCUGGAUUGUCUCCGCAGGAGUACUGGUCCUCCUCAGCUUCUGGGCAGGGUUGGUGAUCCAGUUGACGCGCCUACCACGAGAAAACGUCGACGAGAAGCGUCCUGUCGAGGUGGCCCCGCAAGAAUACAGGGGAGGGGUAAGGGGCAUGGGAGAGGGUGGAGGGAGGAUCUCUCUGCCUUCAGAAGGCGGCGGUGGCGGCGGCGACGCGGCUGGCGGGGACGAGGUGAACGUAGACCAAGGAGUUCGACAACCACCCCCUCUGCAACGCCCGCCCCCCCUCCCUUCGAUUCAGACACCCAAGGAGAGGCCGUCCACGGCGACAGGAAAAAAAACUACGCUGCUGAAAAGCGUCUACCACAGCGUCGACUACAAGGGAGGAGACAUACAAGGAGUCGGGCCUUUGAACGUCGAGGACGAGAAGGAAUGUCGAUCGCUCUGCGUGAGGGACGGGCGCUGCCUCAAGUGGACCCUGCAGUUGAAGGAGAUGAUCUGCUGGCUUAAGGACGCGGGGGGCACGCGAAACGAAGGUGUCCCAGGGUUGAGAUCAGGCGUCGUCAGAGAUGAGGAAGAUAAGACCAUUCCGAAGCCAAGGUACGGCAAGGAACCCCCCCCGCCGCCGGUGCAGUGCUGCCCUGACGCUGCCGCGGAGCCUCCCGCCGGUGUCCAUGCCCUUGACGUUUGGGAUGACGAGCCUGGUGCAGAUUGGACGACGAGCUACGCCCUGGGCAACGGGUAUCUUGGGGCGAUGUUGGGCAUGGGGACGUUUAAGGACACCAUGUUCAUGAGCCAUGGCAGUCUGUGGGCAGGAAAGGGAAAACUUAAGGCAGGCGGGGCUACCUCGGGUUUCCCGCUGUCUCCGGACAGGUAUGACAAGUUUCGGAGUGCACGGGAAUCGCUCCUUGAUGGAGAUGUUCACGCUGCCCAGGAGGCUGCGGGCCGCAUGCCCACCAGCCCAGAAGGCUUCGUGGGGUCUUUCGAGUAUGCGGGGGAACUGCACUUGGAGUUCGGCGAAGGCGGCGGCCAGCAGGCGGGAGGGGAGCGGGAGGAGGGGCCCGUCGACGGGUACAUUCGCCACCUGCACCUCAACAACGGCACCGCGGAGGCCACAUUCAGCUCCAAGGGUCCGCCUGACAGCGGCGGGUUCGGCCUCGGCCUCGGCUUUGGCGCGAGCAGAGGCCAGCGCGAGCGCCGCUUGGUGCACCACAGGGAGGCGUUUGCCAGCAACGUGGACGGUGUGCUGGCGAUGCGCCUGAGCUGCAAGGAGGAGGAGAGCGGGAGAGGCUGCUUGAGCCUCGUGGCGACGCCGAAACGGCAAGGAAAAUCGCACUUUACCACGGCGGGUCGACUCCCCCCGCCGCCCCCCCCGCGAGCUCAACGCCACGAAAACGGAGGCGCCGGCGGGGACACGGUAGGCUGGGGCGCAGGCGCUUACGUCGGUCUUUACCGGCCCUCCGGGAGGAACGGCGAGAAAGCCGAGAUGGGUUUCCACGUGUGUGUGGCGGUGUUUCCGUCGGUCGGGGAGGGGUCGGGGGUCGUCACGGAGGAAUACGUCGAUCCGAGUUCGCCGCGUGAGCGACAUCGUCCCGAAGGACCUGCUGGUGACAAGGAGACUCCCGAGGAAAAGCUCAUGAUGGCGAGACUGGCCGAUGCUCCCGGCGGCCCCCCGGCGCGAAACGCGGGCAUGAUGGCGAGGCUGGCAGAAGGUCCCUCCCGCGGGGGGCCCUCACAAGGGAAUGCCGGGCAGGCACCACCCACCCGGAACCCGACCCCAAGACACCGGAUCGCUCUCUCCGCUGCCGAGGCGAGCAGCGAGGCUAUGAUGUUAGUUUCGGUCGUGACCGAGGAGAAAGCGCGAGAUGAUGAUGGCGAUGAUGAGACGGAGGGCCUGCGACGGCGAUGCCUAGCCAGGGUGGAAGCGGCGGCCGGGUUGGGUUUCGAGGAGCUCAGGAGGCGGCACGUCGAAGACGUGGAGGGGCUGUUCGACCGUGUCCACUUCUCUCUUGGCCCCAGCGUUCCUGGCGGUGGUGCUGCUGGCGGGGAGAGAAGAUUGAACGGUGGAGACAGUGGGGUGGGAGACCGGGAGUCGAUUUCACCUUCAAGGUCUUGCGUCGCUGGUCUGCCAAUCAGAACCAGGGUUGCGAGGUCGGGGAAGGCGUGUACUGAGAAAGGAGGGGAGGGUGCGGGCAUCACGGGACAGGGGCCGGACAACGGAGGGGGGGGAGGGCUGGCCGAGCGAACGAUUGUGGAUGACGGUCUGGUGGAGCUCAUGUACCACUACGGCAGGUACCUCAUGAUCAGCGGUAGCCGUCCGGGGGGAAGGCCUCUUAACCUACAAGGGAUCUGGGCGAACUCUCUACAGGCCAAGUGGGAAGGGGACUACCACAUGAACAUCAACUUGCAGAUGAACUACUGGGGCGCACACACGGCGGGGCUACCAGAGUGCGCCGCACCCCUCGUUCCUUUUGUAGAGGCGCUGAGCGACGGUGGGAGGCAAACGGCGCACAGCUACUACCGUGCCGGAGGCUGGGUUUCCCACGCCAACACGGAUAGGUGGGGGGGGACGGCCGCUCACGGUGACGCGGUCUGGGCCCUGUGUCCCACGUGCGGCGCAUGGAUGGCCCUCCACCUCUGGGAGGCGUACGAGUACACCAGGGGACGGCACGUGCCUGCUCACAGGUCCGAGCACCUCUCCGGAGAACAGCCUCCCCGCCGUUAA